ACCCCCGAGGACCAGAGGAAUGGGGAGGACAACUCGAUCGCUGACCUGGUGAGCACCAAGUUCUUUGAGUGGAGCUGCAAGUACUUUGCUGAGCCGCUCAUGUGUCUGCGGCGAGAGCAGGACCCAGAAUGCCACAGCUACCACGAGAGGGAGUUCCGAUUUGUGCGCAAUGCGCGGGUCCGACAGCAGGGCAGGGAUCAGCUCAGGGCAGGUGUGUCGCGUCUGGACGACCAGAUGUUUGUCAACAGAGUCGGGGCUGUGCCCACCGCCAUCAAGUUCCACCCCUACGAGAACUUCCUGGCCGUAGCAGACGCCUGCAAUGUCUCAUUUUGGGACCUAGAACAAGGCACCAAGAUCUCAGACAUCACGAACCCCGCGGCCGACAAGGUAGCCAUGUUGUUUAACCGCGGCAGUCGCAUCACCUCCAUCGACUUUAUCAAUGCUCACGACCAGGCUCUCUUCAUGUACUGUACAGAUGAUGGUGCCAUAAGGAUCCACCGAGACUUCCUGUCGGGCGAGGUCUCCAGCAAAAAGACGCUAGUCACGGCCUUCAAAGGUCUGUCUGAGCUGGUGUACUCGGAGAGAGGUUCGGGCAUGGUGACAGAGUGGGAGCAGGAGACGACGACCUUGAUCGCCUCGGGCAACGCUCGCAUCAUGCGUCUGUGGGACAUGCAGCGGGAGAAGAAGAUCAGUGGCUCGACCAAUCAGUGCAUGACGGCCUACAGUCCCAACGGCUCUGUGCUGAGCACCGUCAAGUACCACGAGGGCUUUCUGGGUCAGAGGAUCGGCAACGCCAGCUCUAUGGCCUUCCACCCCUACUUGAUCAAGCUAGCUACGGGCAGCGCGGACUGCUUCGUGUCCAUCUACUCGACACCCACUGGACGCACGUCCUUCACAACUUGACCGCGCUCUACACACCCUCGGCCGGCGAUCGGGGACCGUGGCCAGUGAUUGGGGGUGCUUGACCGAUGAUCGUGGAUGGCUGACUGUUCACCGAUGAUUGUGGAUGGCUGACUGUGGACUGAUGAUUGUGGAUGGCUGACUGUUGACUGAUGAUUGUGGAUGGCUGACUGUUGACUGAUGAUUGUAGACUGUUGAUCAACGAUCGUGGACGUAGACCACUGGUCAGGGAUCUGUGACUGGAGAUUGUAGACUGUUGACCGGUGAUCGUGCCAGAGAUUGUAGACUGUUGACCGGUGAUCGUGCCAGAGAUUGUAGACUGUUGACGGUCAUCACGGGUGUGUGGUACUGGCGAUCGGGGAUCGUUGACGGAGUGAUUGUUGGGUCUUCACUGACGAUUGUAGACUUAGACCACUGAUUGUGACUAGGGACUGUGUGCUGAGAGCUGCGUUGUGUGCUGCAGGAUGUGCUGUGCUGAGAGCUGCGUUGUGUGCUGCAGGAUGUGCUGUGCUGAGAGCUGCGUUGUGUGCUGGGAACUGUGUAGUACUGCUUCAACUUGAUGAGAACAUUCGUCCAUUUCUUCCAUGGAGAACUCCGGAUUCUUUUUUCGCUGAUGUGUUGGUGUCUGUAACUUGUGUAUUACUACGCCUGU